AUGUUUACGCAAGAUGGGAAAUGAGGGAUUUGAUUCAAACGAGCCAUCACAUUGAUCAAGUAUGAUGCGUCAGCUACCUUCCCAUUCCUACCAAAGCGUUGAGGGAUUUCAUUGUUGGAUUCUUCAUCGUUCUCAACAAAGACUCUGUCUAAAGACAGUGUUGAAGAAAUAAAAUAUUUAUUGUAGAAUAUUUGUUGUCUAUUGACUAUAUUUGUCUUUUGAAGACACAUCAAGUAGCUAUUGGAGCUAAAGUCAUCCUCGUUUGUUUUGACAUGCCUGACAAAGUUUUCAUUUUUCUGUUGCUAUAUUCCAGAUGGCUCUUCGGGCACCAUUAGAUGGUGGCCCAUGCAUGCUACGAAGUAGCUUUGGAGAUUGGGAAGUUGCAGCUAUGUGCUUCCGCAAUGAUUCACAUCGUUUGGUAUACAAACCUUCGAGGAGUUUUGUUUGUAAGUAUGCUGAAACAUUAGCCAUUGAUGGACGGCGGUGGGAUUCAGCAGUGGAAGUAGUUCCAUGGCCUAACAAAAUGAUUUAUGCCUCAUUUCUAUAUCUUUUCCAAAUCAAUGAUGAAACUUGCUGGUUUGUUAAAAAUAUUGAAACCGAUAUUAAUGCUGAGUUUGUGAGAAGAUUUGCUUAUUAAGUUCGUUGUCAUUGUACAGGGUCAUGUGAAUGCUCAUUUGAUAUUCAACUUUAUACCACGAUCAACCUUUAAAGUUCAGGGACACAUUAGGUUUUGUUCAUUUAGGUAUUUUGACUCAUCUCAUGCUCAGUAUUUUGUAAUUUUAGGUAUUCGUUAUGUUGAUGAUUGCUUUGUUGUCUGCAAUCAAUUUUGUAAGUUCUUCGCACUUUGCAAUUAUUUUCCUAAAAUAUUGGCAAGUGAUAUUUCAUUGAGCAAUAUAUAUCUAAAUAAAUGCUUUUUGUUGUGUUGUUUGUUUAGUACUGUGAAUACCCAAAAAUUGUCUAUUUCUUAUGUCCAUUCUUCGGCUGCUUGAUGGUACAUUGACAAUGGGAAUUUCACUGGCAUAUUGCUAAAAUUGGUAUCUU